GUUCGUUCGUCGAAUAAUAACGAGGUAUGUCGUGUGUUCUUGUUUCACUGCUGUCAAAAAUUAAACGCGGAGAAAAUUUAUUUGUCGCAAUCGCAAUCCCAACAAAAAUUCCCAUUCAUGUGCUGCAACCUGAAAACUAAUUUAAUUUUCUUAUCAACAACAAAACUUAUUUGAAAUUGAUUUCUCCAUCAAACAGUAAAGUUUAUUUAUCGGAAGAUGUCCGAAUAUUAAAAUAUUGAAUAACAUCUUCAACUUAUGCAUAAAAUAAAGAAUUAAUGUAGAAAAGGAAUUUAAGAAAAAAGUGAUAUUUGCGGUGUGCGUAGUUCGUCGUUCGUCUCUCGUAGCUCGGAUAAAUCAAGAAGUGUGAAAUUGUGAAGCACAACAAUAUUUUUGUAAUUUUAUUCAUUUUAAUUAAUUUGUGUUUUGGUCUUUUUUUUAAUUUUUAAUUUUAUUCCUACAGACAACUAAUAAAUAAAGAAAAGAAAAAGAAAAACGAAAGAAUAGAAAAAAAAAACAACGACGAUAUUUAAUAAACAACAAGAGAUAAAAAUAAAUGUCGCAUCGUGAAAAUGUGCAGCUUAGAAAUAACUCUCAAAGAUUUGCAAGAUUUAUUAGAAAUUUUCGAAAAAAAGGCAUUCGAGGCGGGAUUAUGUGAGGAAAGUACAACGGAGCACGACAUAACCAAAAAAUGUGAGAGCCUCUUCAAAGCCGACUACAGUCUCAUUGAAUUGGACAAUUCAAAUGGAGCUCUCAGUCCUCGGUAUCCUAGUCGGAUUUUCAUACCUGAAUUUGAAGCCAGCCAUUCAAAUAUGCCAAGUACAAGUUCUGCCAUGACAAAUGGAUUUACAAAGCCCGUUAUGAAUGGACUUGCCAAUGGUAUUCAAGCAUAUGUAACCUUUGCCAACACCUCAACUAGCCUUCCACCUCAACAACAAAAGACCAUCUACGAAGAUCUUUAUGAUGCUGCUAAGAUUCGUGAACUCAUAACGAUGGCGAAAUAUGCCAGAUGUAGGCAGCGAUUUACGGUUCCUGUGAUAAUGUAUAAAGGAAAGUACAUUUGCCGUUCGGCAACAAUAUCGGUGAUGCCAGAAACUUAUGGCCGAAAAGUUGUUGAUUACGCUUAUGACUGUCUGAAUGGAGGUGGUGCCAGCACUAGUACGGGCAUCACGAAUAGCAACAGUAGCGGAAGCAGUAGUGUUGCUACAUCAACAACAGAGGAUGAGAAUAAUGAUCCCACAGAUGAAUCCUUGGUCAAUCAAGCAACUGAACCUUUACCCUUCUCCUACGAUGAAGUAAUUAAAAGUGACAUCCAACUGCUCAAAGCAUUAAACGUCUCGACCAUUGUCGACCUAAUGGUGGAACAACGGAAGGUCAAAUACUUUAUGACUGUUUCAUCAUCAGAAAAGGCUGACCCAGAAAACCAUUACGAACAGUUUAAUAUACUUUCGUUGCCAUAUCCAGGCUGUGAGUUCUUUAAAAAAUUCCGUGACAAUAACUACAUGGCAAAGAACCUCUUCUUCAAUUGGAAACAGAGUUUUAUUGAUGCUUCGUUGAGUAUUCCUUUGAAUGGACCUGCCCAUGACAUCGAUAUCAAUUGGCAGGAAUACAAAAAAUGGGAUUUAGUUUUGAUAACACAAAACUAUUUGAAAGCAACACUAAAGUGUAUUCAGGAAGAGACUUCGGGUGUUUUGAUCCAUUGUAUAAGCGGCUGGGAUAGAACUCCUUUAUUUAUAUCACUUGUGAGACUGUCUUUGUGGGCGGAUGGCCUUAUACAUCAAUCACUGAGUCCACUGCAAAUGACCUAUUUUACGGUAGCUUACGAUUGGUAUUUGUUUGGGCAUCAGCUUCCAGAUCGAUUGAGACGGAGUGAGGAUAUAAUGUUCUUUUGUUUCCACGUUCUAAAAUAUAUUCUCGAUGAUGAAUUUAGUGCAACGGAACAAAGUACUAAUUACAGAAGGCGUACAAAGACCACCAGCAGCAGCGGUAGUAGUGUUGUUGUCAUACGCUCAGAUGGCGGUGAUGAAGAUACCCCCAAAGAAGACUUUACCUUCGAAGACAGCAACGAUAGUAACUCAAAUCCUUCAAACUGUGAUAUGUCAGUAGCUGAUAACGUUUAUCCUGCAAACUGUGUAAACAAUACUUGUAAUGUGAACAAUGCGAGUAAUGCAAGUAAUACGAGUAGUUCAAGUAAUAUGAGUGUUACUAGCAAUACCAGCACUGCAAGCACUACAAAUAAUCCAAGCAAUACAAAUAAUCCAAGCAAUACAAACAAUCCAAGCAACAAUUUAACUAGUCGUUCUCCAAACCCGAAAAGAAUAAGAACUAGUCCAAUAUCUGUUCCCGGAAGUAAUAUUAAUCGACAGCGACAAGAGUCUACAUCAUCUGUUGGUAGCUGGCAAAUUGUCACCGAAGCGGGUAGCCUCGACUCAAAUACAAAUAGCAGCUUCGUUAGUCGGCAAGAUGCAUCCAAUGAACCAAGUACUUCAAAUGCUGCCACCGAUCAAAGAGUCACCGUAACACCUCGAAAACAACGCCUUAAUGCUGUUCGCGCCAUUUUUAUUCAAUCCUAUGGAAAAACUAUUGGUCUUAAAUUCAAAGAAGGUUCUUCUAUGAAUUUGGCUUCAUUCAUCGGAACCCUAGCUGAUCAGCUAUUUAUGUAGAAUAUAGAGAAGGUGCCACAUUUAUAAGAAAAAAAAAAACAAAAAUAAUCCCAGUUCCAUGCUGUUAAAAUGCCGAGGAUUACCGAAACCGUAAGAAACAGAAAAACAAAAACGAAAAAAUAGAAAACAAAAAUGUUAUUAUUAAUUUCAAUCGAUUUAUUUUUAUAUACAAACAAUACUGUUUUGUCUCAUUAUUUAUUUUGUAUUCUUCUUUUUAGCCAUAAGUGAUAAUGAACUUAUAUAAAUAAUUUCUGUAUUCUGUUAGAUUGAAGAGUGUUCUUAAGGCUCUUCGUGUUACAUAUUAUGAUGUUAGAUUUUGUUUAAUUUCCCCACAACUUCCACUAACUUGUUUCUUUUCUUUUUUUUUAAUAAAUAAAUACAAAUAUAAUUCAGUGUGCUGAUUGAAAAAAUAAAAAAAAAAACAAAACAAAUUAAAUUAAACAUUGUAUACAUUGUUAAUUUUGUUAGAUCAGUUUUUAUAAAUUUUGUUUGAAGGAUAAUUGAAAAUAAAAUGAACGAUAUUAUUAAUAGCUCGAUAUUUUAAGAAAAUAAUAAAUUCACAUCAAAAGUGCUGCCCAAGUUCUAUAGAACUAUUUAAUUGCAAUGCAAAUGUUUUUUGUUUUUUUAUUUAAAUUAAAUUACUCUACCAUUGCAAACAAGAAACGAAACAAAACAUAAAAUAGUAUUUUAGCAAAACAAAAAGAAAACGAAAACCAAAACGAAAUUACACUAACAAUAUAAGAGAACACUCUUUUACGAUUAUACUGCGAAUUAUUAUUGUUGUAUUUUGUAUGUAAAUAAAAAAAACAAAAUAAUGGUUUUAUUUUUUUGUAAGAAUGAAA